ACCAAACUAACCGAAAAGAUCAAAGGUAGUUCAAAGCUGGUGUGCUCUAAGAUGAGCGCUCUAUCCAAUCUUGAGCCGUGUUUAUGGAAAAGUAAAAUAGCGAGUGUUGUUCAUUUACGUAUGCUGAAGGAAGAACUGGUGAUUUUCAACUUCGCUCAUGAAAAGCGCUUAUCUUAACACGGUGUCAACAGACUCGCCGCCAAAUGGCUUGUUUCGACCGCGCAUCGUUGGGUUUUCUUUUACACUUAUGCCUGUGGCCUUUUCAUCGAGUGGACGGCACCGUUAUUAAUAUUUAUUCAUCUUUAGAGCCGUAUAGUAUUUUAGCUAAUUUAAGUAGACCGGGAUGGACGAAUUACACGCUUGAAGCAUCGAACACCGACGAACAUACUACUCUUCUUCAAAUUCUGUCUAUUGUUCAACAAACGGAUUAUUGCGAAUGAUUCGCAAGCCAGACUGCACAUCUCUACAGCUCAAUCCGUUUAAUAUUUAUGUAUCAUCGACUUCCAUUUUUAAUUCAGCAGAGAGGACUCAAAGACCUCUGAUCGUGACAAUUUUUGGAAAAAACUGCUUUAGAAAGCUUCAGAGAAAAGUGUCUUGGACCGCUUCAGUCGGAACACGUGUGCUUCGAUUGAAAGACUUCAUUCACGAAGAAGAUCCUGCGUCGCUAAGGCUUAGAGAGACACAAUGGAGAAAGUAUUUCAGAUUCGACGCCAAAUCCGAUUAUUUGGUGCUUCGAAAAUCGUUACUUAGACUUCAAGAAAACACUCUGAUGGAGUUGAUGGCUUGUUUGUCGAAGAAAUAUGCAACUUCCCCUUACACACUGACUAUACUGUCAAAUCCAACACCUACAGCUCAUUAAAGGUGGUAUUCCGCUCAGUUGGAGUGCAAACUAAUUACAGAUGCCCCUGUGCUACUGACUAUCGAGGAGAAAGUUGUGACACAGGUUUAAACUUGUGCUACUCCAAUCCUUGUGGAAACAAUGGGAAGUGUGUGUGUGUAGAGGAAGGCUACUCUUGUAUAUGCAAUCCAGGAAGAGCUGGUGUAAACUGUGAGAUUGACAUGUCAAAGAGCAAGUGUCAUACAGACUCAAAAGCGACAGAAAAUCAUCUAAAUGCAAAUCCAUGCCAUAGUGAUGGUGGUUGUAAAAAUGUUCUUGGAAGCAGGUUCACCUGUCAGUGCAAAGAUCUGAAUGAAGUUGAUGGGUCACUGUGCCAACUGAAAACGUGCAGUUUUAAAAAAGGAUCAUUUGUUGCCUUUCCUGCAUUGAAACAAAGAUGGCAUUUACACAUACAGAUGGAGUUUACCACCACUGAGCACAGUGGGCUUUUGCUCUUCAAUGGACGGUAUGAUGGAAAACAUGACUUUAUUGCUGUGGAAGUGUGGCAAGGACAAGUUUGGUUCAGGUUUUCACUGUUUUCCCACAAAGUCAUUGUUACAUUGAAUGUAAAUGGUGGUGUCAUUGAUGGCAAUUGGCAUAAAGUAGAAGUGGCAUUUCAGAACAGGACUGGCAUUAUCAUUGUUGACAACUGUAAACUUGCAGUGGCAGUGAAUUUUGGGACCAAUGCAGCCUUCUUCCCAUGUGCCACAGCACAGCAACUUCAAAUUAAAGAUGAAUUGGAAAAUUACAGACUGGCAUUAUCAUUGUUGACAACUGUAAACUUGCAGUGGCAGUGAAUUUUGGGACCAAAGCAGCCUCCUUCCCAUUUGCUGCAUCACAGCAGCUUCAAAUUAAAGAUGAAUCGGAAAAUUACAGGUACAUUUUUAUGUA